AGCAAAAAUUUCCAGCUACAUUUGGCAAAUUGGCCAGAGAAGUUCGAGCCUCCUCCACUAUUGUUGUGUACCCCACUCGCGUUCUCAUCCAACUCUCAUGCAGAUGCUCGUAUAAAGAGGCAUCCAUGGUGAGCAGCAGCCACACUCCGUCACAAGACCUUUUUGGAUACACCUUCAAGAACCAUGAACUCCUUCACCGUGUUUUUGGCCUUCGUAUUGGUCACGGUGGCCGUAGCUGAACCCCAAUCCGGGUACAAUUACAAUCGCCCCUCGGGCGGAGGUGGUGGUGGUGGCUUCAGUUCUGGCGGAGGAAGCUUCAGUUCUGGCGGUGGUAGCUUCAGCUCCGGCGGCAGUAGCUUCGGAUCCGGUGGUCUGUCCGGUGGUGGUGGUGGCUACCAGUCUGUCAGCCCUGGUGCUCAGACAUCCGAGGGCCAGAAUGUCGAUCCACAGCUCCUUGAGCAGAUCCGUCAGAUUCUGCUGAAGGAAGAAAGCCAGUCAGGUGGACAUGGUGGUGGUGGAGGUGGUGGAUUCGGUGGCGGUGCCCCAUCCAGCCAAUAUGGUGCUCCACCAUCUCCACAAUACGGUGUGCCAUCCCACCAAUCCCGUGUCGUAGGUAUCGAUCUAGAGGGCGUACGACAAGCCAUCCAAGUUGCUCAGUUCCUCCAGACCAGUCAAUCAUCUGGCGGUGGUGGCUUCUCCGGCUACCCAUCCGGACCUGCAUCUAGACCUAGCAGCUCAUACGGUGCUCCCUUCUAAUGUGCCUUCCUCAAUCCUCAUGACACAUCCAAACCCACCCAUCCUCUUGUCCUGGUUACUCCAUCAGUAACCAAUGGCACAACCAGUGAAAAUCCCCCUUCCUUGACGACCAAAAUACCACUCUAUGAGCAAUAUCAUCUCCGCGGCCACCAUUACGAAUCGGAUCCCAUUAACACGGAAGUCGAGAAUUUCAUAUACAAAAAAUAUAUAUAUAAAACGAGUGGAGUCUCCUCAUACCAUCCAGUGAGACUCCACUAUGCAUCUCUGGCUCCAACCCAUCAACAUCUUCGAGCGACAUUUCAUGUCAUCUCCCACAGAAUCGUGGCUUGGGAAUCUUCUUCCCAGCGCGCUCAAUCUCUCUCUCUCAUGAUCGCGCACCAGGGGAUGGAGACUCCCACACGCGAGUGGCAGAUUUUGUGACAAUGAUCGCGGAUGCCAGUAGAUUUCGUCUCUUAGACAAAUAGUAAGAGAUGAGGAGUAGGAGACAAAAAAACCUCUCCAUCAAACUCCUUUCUCUUUGUACAUAAAUUCAUAACUUUUUAUAGUUAUUAAGUGUUUUUACCUAUUUUUUUUUAUAAUAAUUAUAUUACCGAAAACUUAUUUUUACAAAUGCUGAAAAAAAUAAAAUUUUGUCACCGUU